CUGACCUCUCCCAAUCCAAACUCACUGUGUUGCUUGCUGCGUAGCUGUAACGGUAAACCCUCCCUCCUCCUAUAGAGUGAAAGGCAGAGAGUGUCUUUUCUCGCAUCUUCCAUGUUGUUGUUAAUAUAGAAAUACAACAAUUACCGCAGCGCCCGAUCCAAACUCCCCACCGCUACGCGUUUCGUUUCGGGGAAAACUAAACGUUUCUGGCUCUCACCUCCGAUUCGCCUCUGUUGUUCCCCAUCUAUGAGGUGAGGUAAGUACUCGAUGGCAGACUUACCAGGCUAUAUGCGUGCCUGCUUGCAUACCGGGAAACUUGCUGCAUUGGCAAUUUUGGUCGCUGGAGGGAUUGUAUUGCAAAUUUUGGCAUGUGCUUUGUACAAUAAUUGGUGGCCGAUGCUUACUGUAAUAAUGUAUGUGCUUCUUCCCAUGCCAUUGCUGUUCUUUGUGGGAUCUGAUUCUUCUGUAAUUUCAGAAUCUGAUAAUGGAUGGGUUAAUGCAACCAAGUUCCUGACUGGAGCUUCAGCUAUUGGCAGCAUUGCAAUACCUGCUAUCUUAAAGCAUGCUGGUGUUAUUGGUUGGGGAGCCAUGGCAAUGGAGCUCGCAUCCUUUUUCGUAUUUGUACUGGCAAUCAUGUGUUACAUUCGGACGAGUGAUGAAGACAGCUACAGUGCGAUCUGAGAUACGGCUCUCCUGGAGUCCUGCCAGAUUUCUGUAAAGAUGUGUUGUAUUUGCCCACAGGAUGUUUUCAUUUCUUGGUGAGGGUUACCUUCAAUAUCAGCUUGUUAUUAUAUAUCCAGAAAACCUUUUUUUUUUUUUUCUCCCUGUUGAGUGUUAUUCUUUAUCCCUGUAAUUGAGUUUGGUGUUGUAUCAAAUAUGUUUUAACAUCUCAUUAUAGAAAACUCUGAUGUGAAAAUUGAAUUGAGUAUGAAGUAGCCUGCCUUGAUGUCGAA